CUCCGAGGAGCCCGGCUCCCCGCUGCCCACCUUCAGCGCGGCCGCCAAGGUGCGAGUGGCCGUCACCUGCCUGCUCUUCCUCUCGUCCUCCUGCUGCAACGGCGCCGUGCUGUGCGCCGUGCUGCGGGCCAAGCGGCGGCCGCCCCGCGUGCGGGUGCUGAUGGCGCAUCUGGCGGCGGCCGACCUGCUGGUGACGGUGGUGGUGAUGCCGCUGGACGCCGCGUGGAACGUGACGGUGCAGUGGUACGGAGGCGAGGCGGCGUGCAGGGCUCUCAUGUUCCUCAAGCUGGCCGCCAUGUACGCGUCGGCCUUCGUCACCGUGGUCAUCGCCUUGGAUCGGCACGACGCCAUCGUUUGCCCGCUGGGAGCGCGCGGCGCCGCCAGGAGGAGUAGAGCCAUGCUUGGAGCCGCGUGGGGGAUGAGCGCCGUGCUGGCGCUGCCGCAG